AUGUCUGUUUUUCGGCCUAAAAAUACAAUUUCUGAUGAUCCAAAGCAGUUUUCUGAGAAAAAAAUGCCUAUUUCUUUGUUAAAUACCUCUACUCCAGCAAAAAUACAAAAACCUAAGAAAAUAUUCGUUGAAGAUAAAGCGACUCUUUUAUCUAUUUUAGAAGAAGUAAACCGUAGAUUAGAUAAUCGAGCCAAAAUUAAACAAGAAAAAAGGAAAGAACUAGAGGCAAUUAGAUGUAUAAAAAAAUCGAAAAUUGAGAUGAGAAAACAAGCUAAAAAGAAUAAAAAACAAGAAAAAUGGGAAAACACACUUUCGAAAAUUAGAAACAAAAAAUACUCUAUUUCUCAUGAUUAA